GAUUCAUUUAAAUUUAUUUUUUUUAUGCUGUGCCUGCUACGUGUUUUUUGUAAGGUGAUUGACUUGUUUUCUGAAGUCUGCAUCGACACUACGUUAUGUAUGGCACAAUUUGGCAACGUUCAUAACAGGAACCAUUGAAGCUAAGGGCAAGCACUGUGACGUUUUUGAAUUUGCUUCUUACCCUUAUUUUUUCAUUUUUGCCACUUUCAUUUGCAAAGCAAGCAAUUGCACUGCAAUAUUAUUCAGUAAGCGUGCCAGCCUUCAAACAAGGUUUUAAUUAGAAUGGUUUCUCCGUCGAUCUUGUGUUUGAUUAUUUUGCAAACGUUGUUUAUUGCGCAAGUAGUCGCUCAACUAAAUCUUGGAACAUGUUCUCUACAAUGUGAUCAGUCUACUGCUGUCUUUUCGUUCAGCCGAAGCAAUAUGAGUCGCGGUCCGCCUGGAAAGCGUGGACCUCCAGGUCUACGAGGUGUUAAAGGAGAACAUGGCGCUCCUGCAGUUCAAUGCGAGUGUAAUAGAAUGAAUGAGUUAUCAGCAGUUGUGCAACAGUAUAGGAAUCUCGUAGAGAGUAUACAAAAUGCUACGUUUCCACCGUCGUGCAGAUACGUGCCGUUCAAACCAUUGUGGCAGAAGCCUGUCUACACAAUAUUCCCCUUCGGCAACACAAACCAAGGCAUUGAAGUUGCGUGUGACGUUAAUACUGAUGGCGGCGGAUGGAUGAUCAUCCAAAGGCGAAUUGAUGGUUCCGAAGAUUUUUACAGAAAUUGGAAUGAUUAUGUGACUGGUUUUGGAAAGAUCAACUCAGAGUAUUGGAUAGGUUUGGAUACCAUAUACAACUUGACGAACAGCGGGAAUUAUGAACUCAGAGUAGAUAUGGAAGAUUUCCAAGGAAACACAGCAUAUGCUAAAUACAGCAUCUUCCGCUUUUUAGACAGGACAUUUUACAGAGCAAGAAUAUCUGGAUACUCUGGAACUGCAGGUAACUCAAUGGAGAUCAAUGGUCUAAAGUUCACCACAAAGGAUAGAGACCAGGACAUGGCGAACAAUGCCAACUGUGCGGUUUUAUACAGUGGUGCUUGGUGGCACGCUGCAUGUCAUGCAGCAAAUCCGAAUGGACAUUAUUAUACAGUCGGACAGUCGCCGAAUCGUGCAAGGGGUAUAAUAUGGGCAACAUGGAAAGACUGGUAUGAAUCGAUGAAAACGAUUGAAAUGAAAAUUCGCCUAAAGUAAAUUGACACUAUAAAUACUGCUGAAAAUGAGACUGUUCGGUAAAAUAGGAUACCGUUACGGCGUUACCAUCUAAAUCCUAUAUUUCCUGAUCCUGUUUUAAACAUUUAACAACGCUAUUUUAGUCGUGAGACUACGGGCAUUAUAACAUUCUGUGAAUA